GCUCCCAAGCAAAUAAAGUAUUUUCAAAGCCAAAAAUUAUAAUCUUUCUUCGGUUCACACACUACUCAAGAUGGCAAGUGAAUCUGCAACGGCAGAGGGAAUCGAACCUCAAGAGUACCCACAUGAUUUUGAUGAAAUUACACCUCUUUCCACAGCCUGGGUCAAGUGGGACGUUAAGGGUGGUGGAGACCGCACUCAUGAGCCAAACAUCAAUACAAACUACAAUCUCGAAGGUAGUCCCAACAUUCAAGGCAUCGAAAUUAAAGCUACUGUCGGCGUUAAAUUGAUCUGCUGGUCUGGUUCCCCUGGAAAUGGCAGUCCGAACAUUACAAUUGAUGGACCUACUAAUGGUAAACACAAGAUUGAUCCAAGAAGACUUGGGGGCUACCGCGUUGAAGUUCGCUGAAGAAAUUUCAACAUUUCGGUGGACGAGUCCAGCUUCCGAUGAUAUCUGCUUUUGCAGUGCCACUGGGUAAAUCAGAUAUUUUUGCUGCAGACUGGACCUAAUUUUCAUGUUAAUCCGAUGUUAUUUGAUCUCCUUAAAUCAAUUCUGCCAUAACUAGUUAUAUCACCGUCA